AUGGUCACAAGUCUGUUGCUAAUUCUUAUUUUAGGCGUUUCCCUGGGCAAUUCCGAGGUUCCAAAUAUGGAACUUCUGGAAGGCGGAAUAAAGGAUAUGAUGGAAUACCGAAGCCUAAGCAGACUUCGACAUUUGCCAGAGGAGUUCUUCAGCUUCUAUCAGAACGUAACCAUAUCCGACCUGGUUCCAGAAACCAGGUUGCCCACCGCGCAGGACUUACAGUGCUACGCGGAGUUUGCCCAGUUAACCGCAGGAUUAUCUUCAGGAAGUCUUUGGGCCUACAAAAUGAUCGACGCUUGGGGAUCCCUUCCGUCGGGAAUCCUAAUGGGUCACCUCAAAGAUCUGGGCAAUUAUGAGGAGUGCCUAAGGAUUGAUCAGGAUAUCGCAUCCAGCAGUAAAAUCCUGGGCAAGUACUGCCUUGCCCAGCUGCCUCUUCAAGAAUUGCUGGGAGCUUCUGCACUUUUGAAUCUGAUUAGUCCUCAGACAGCCGUUUGCUUUCCCGCCUCGUGUUCCGCCUCGAAUAUGGAUACCCUGCUGCAAAGGGUCCUUCAGCUACUCCUUGGUGUCCAGUUGAAUUCGAGUUUGAGCCUGGUCAAGGAGAGCUCCUGCAAGACGGCAGAGCGCGAAUCUCUCGAUGGGCUCACCAUUUUUGUAAUAGUACUAUUAUCAGUGUUCGGUGCUGCAGUUGCCAUCUCCACGCUUUAUGACUUCUUUCUGUGCGAGGAUCAGAAGAAAAUGCCUUCCGUUUUGAGGGCUUUCUCUGCCCGAGCCAAUUCUCGGGCUCUUUUUCACCUAUCCACUAAACCCCACCCAAAUGUGAUCGAGUGCCUCCACGGAAUUCGCUGCAUGUCCUUGAUUUGGGUGGUCUACGGUCAUGAUUAUAUAGUCACAAUCACAUCGCCCAACAUAAACACCGUUGAUAUUUAUUCGUGGCUUAAGACGCCUUACAUGGAGUUCAUCUUUGAAGGAGUUUUCGGGGUGGAUACAUUCUUCUUUCUCAGUGGUCUUUUAGUUGCCCUUAUCUCUUUGCGCGCCAUGGAAAGAGCCAAGGGAAAGCUGAAUGUGCCGCUGAUGUAUCUCCAUCGGUAUCUUCGCAUCACCCCCAUGCUGGCCGUGGCCAUCCUUGUCCAUCUGAAGUUGCUUCCCCUCAUUGGCGAUGGUCCGUUGUUUGGCAACUGGAACUUUGACAACUACGAAAACUGCAAGAAGAACUGGUUCUGGACCCUGCUCUACGUUCAGAACUACGCCACUGACAGUGAGUGCAUGAUCCAAGCCUGGUACCUGGCCAUCGAUAUGCAGCUCUACAUACUGUCACCUAUUUUCCUCUUCAUUGUCUUCAAAUGGGGCAAAAAAGGAGCUGCAGCCGUUCUGCUUCUUUUACUUGCUAUGGCCGGCUAUCUCAUUGGCAAUGUAGUCAUCAACGAGUACUCAAUAAUAAGCCUUACCGGGGCAACUAAUCAAGCGGUUUCGCAUUACACCCACAAUCGGGUUUCUGGUUGGUUGGUGGGCUUCCUCUUUGGCUACUUCCUAUACUCGAUGCGUGGCAGGAGCUUUAAGCUGAGUCGUCCAGCAGUCUGGGCGGGAUGGAUUACCACUCUGGCCCUCUUCUUCACUGUCAUCCUGGCCAUGUAUCCCUAUGGCAUCGGCAAGAGCAAACCUCUAUCCGCAGUUGCCGAGGCCUUUUACAUAUCCCUUUCUCGGAUUGCCUGGCCUGUGGGUCUGAGUUGGGUGGUCUUCGCCUGUAUACAGGGAUACGGAGGAUUCGCCAACUCCUUCCUCGCCUCUCCACUGUGGCAGCCACUCUCGAAGUUGUCGUUCAACGUCUACAUUUGGCACCUCUUCAUACAGAACCUCAAUGCGGGGCGUACCCGAGUGAACACCUACUUUUCCGAUUACGACGUGAUGCUGCGUUUCUGGCAGGACUUUGGCUUUUCGGUGCUGCUCGCCUAUGUGAUGUACAUCCUGAUCGAAGCUCCUUGCGGCGUUUUGGAGACACUCUUACUUCCCAAUCGCAGACCUGCUCCGAAACCCACUACCGAACCCCUUCCAGAGGAACCCCCAAAAGCUUUGGAAACACCUGAAGACCUUGAGAAGCAGGCAGGGCCUUCUAGUUCCCAUAAAGUAGCAAGGCGAAUAGAGUAGUAUCAGGGAAAACUUGACCUUUCCUUGUGAAACACUUGCGCCUAGUAGUAUAGCUCUACUUGUUACAUAAAAUGUGUUAAGUGUGAAUUAUGUGAUCAAUUACAGUACCAUUAAA